GAGCAGUAUCUGGUGUAUCAAUAGCAUGUAGCGUCUAUCAGCACCUACAAUUCUGGGUGAAGCAAGAAACAACACGUAGUUGGCUAUCAGACUGACGUCGGUGCUCCGGUUGUCACUUUGCCCCGGGAAGAGAAAAAUAAGGACGUUUUUCGGGUGAAUCACGCGUUGGAAURGAUUUCCAGGACUUUGCACACGCAGCAGCUAGUAAAGUGGAGUAUAUCUCAACGGAGUAGAAACCCGCUGCAACGUUUCGCUAAAUAGGACCCAAGAGUUGCAAAAGUCUUGCACGGAUUUAUCUUUGAACCGUUUUGUAUCUAUACGAAUAGUAAACAUGAUCUGACGUUUUUAGCAAUAACGUGACUUUCUUGUCAGUUUGUUGCUGCUCUUUCCUCGGCUUGACAGAUUUUCAUCGACCGAUGCUUUUCAACUCAGUGGUUUUUGGGGGAUGACAACUGGUGUGAGUGAUUUAUGGCGUUUGACUCCCAGGCGAUGUGAACGUUAAUCAUAAGUGAUUGAACUGCCGUGUCUCCCAAUUUGGUGAACACAAGAUAACGGUCACACUGGACGAGGAUUAUUUUAAUGGCAACUCGGAUUGGAAUAAUUUUAAUUUUUGAAGUCUGUGUAAACAAUUGUCCUCUGUACUGAUAAAGUGACGGGUCCGCAGCACAGAAGAGAUCGAUAACCUCUGUGUCAGCACGUUUUUACCAUACGUAUCUUUCUCAGUUGUCAUUCUAUUUUUGUUCGAGCCCGGUCGUUUCUACAAUGGAAACGAUCGUAUUCAAGUUACAACGCUCAUCGUUAAUCUGAGCACCACCAUCAGAACGACUGGCUAUCUUCCCGAGACUCGUUGUAGGACAAUCAUGUGGGGCCCUGCGCCACCAUUCCUGCAGGUCGCCGUAAAAGUCCUGAAACACGCCGCUGUCAAAGGACAGAUCCAGAUGAACCGCUGGCUCCAGAGAUCCUCCCCGGACGAGUGCGAUAAAGUUGACCUCUUGAUAUGCAACGCCUUUGACGAGAGAGGAGGCGCCGUCGGCAAGUCUGACGGAGACCCGGGGAGCAUCGUUGACGCUGGCGUGUCAUUCACCGGUGGCAUCACCAACGGUGAUUUCAGACACCCGUGUUGUAUUACCACGUGUUGCUUCAAGAGCAGCCUCCUGGCGUGCAUUCUGACAGCUGUGUGCUUCUCCUCCGUGGCUCUAGUCCGACAGUACCUCAAGGACCUUCUACUCUGGGUGGAGAGCUUGGACAGCCUGGUUGGAGYCYUGYUGUUCAUAGUKGGUCUGAUCAUUGUGUCCUUCCCRUUCGGYUGGGGCUACAUCGUACUGAACGUGGCUGCGGGAUACCUCUACGGCUUCGUGCUGGGUAUGGGACUGGUGAUGGUGGGGGUGCUCAUCGGUACCUUCGUGGCUCACCUGGUGUGUAAGAGACUGUUGACGGACUGGGUGGUCAACAAGGUGGGGAACUCUGAGCAGCUCAGUGCUGUGAUACGGGUGGUGGAGGGGGGGAGCGGACUCAAAGUUGUGGCCUUAGCGAGACUCACGCCCAUUCCGUUUGGACUCCAGAAUGCAGUGUUUCAAUCACAGACGUGUCGUUGCCAAACUACCUGGUGGCGUCGUCA